UGACUGUAAACAAGUCAAGAACAAAUUCGAUUCGAAAUGGCAGGCACACGAAGUCCGAAGGAACUAAAAAACAUGAUUUCAGCAAGCAAGCAGGAUGUGGAGGUAAUGAAUGCCAGUCUGGACAAACUGAAGCGCUUGACGCAUGAGGACAAGACGGAAGCCGCCAUGCUGCGGUCACGCAUCGAUGAGCAGGGGCAGCUGAUCUGCAUUCUGAAGCAGCGAGCGGAUGAGUCGCUUCUCAAGGCCCAGACCCUGGACCGGAUCAACAGAGAGCUGGAGAAGUUCCGGGAGCAUGCCCAGGAGAUGCUGGAAGGAGAGAUCAAGAAGUUCAACAUGGUGGAUCGAAGGUUUCAAGAGUUGGCCGAGAACCAUGAGGAAAUGAUCAGGUUCAAAGAUGAGUACAAGAGGCAGAAUGAGAUCUUGAGGACAGAGAAUCAAAGGCUCCGAGAAGACAACGGCAACCUCUUCUCAGGAGCGAUAGAGGAGCGGGAUCAGAAGAUCAAGGAACAACAGAAAGACCUGAAACUCCUGAAGGGCCAGUCUAGAGACAUGGAAAGAAGAUGCAGUUUGCUACAGGAAGAAAUGACUGAGAAGGAAAGACAGCACAUAGAGAUUGCAAAGAGCCUGGAAAAGGAGCUGAAAUCUGCUAAGAAUCAAAUGAAAGAGGUGCUGGCACAACUUAAGCAAGAGAGGGACAGUAAGAUGGCUACGGAUUCUAGCAAUACCAUGAGGUUGGAGAAACUUAGCAGGGAGAGACAAGAGUUCUUAGAUCUUUCAAUGCAGAGAGGGAAAUUAAUUCAGGACAAACAGCGAGAGAUCAAACAGAUGGUGGACAAAGUUAAGGAAGCAGAGAAGGCUCUUCAUAAAAUGGAGGAGAAAUUUGAGAGAGAGGCUGCUCUUGUAUCAACCAAUCUACAAGUCAUCAGAUUAAAGGAUCAGAGAGAUGAAGCAGAGAAGGAUCUCUCAGGGCUCAAAAUGGAGUAUGCAGCCUAUAAGAAGCACACUGCAAACUUGUUAGCCAAGGAGAAGACGCUCAAUUCAAAACUCAGGAAUCUAUGCUCAUGAUCACCACUGGAUAUGCCUUUCACAUGAAGAGGAAAUUUGUGUAAAGUAUGUUUUAAAGAAAACAAAUGUG